UGAAAAUAAGCAAGGCCAGCGCCCCAAGGAAGAGUCUUCCACCUGCCUUGAGCGCCCACACGGCUUAGACCUUGGAUCUAGAUGCAGAGGCCUCGAUGGCUGUGAUAAGCCUUCUGUUCUUGGCAGUGAUGUAUGUUGUUCACCACCCCUUGAUGGUCAGUGACCGGAUGGACUUAGACACAUUAGCCAGAAGUCGGCAGCUAGAGAAGAGGAUGAGUGAGGAGAUGCGCCAGUUAGAGAUAGAAUUUGAAGAGAGGAAGAGAGCAGCUGAGCAGAAGCAGAAGGCAGAGAAAUUCUGGAGAGGAGACACAUCCGAAGACCAGUUAGUACUGGGGAAGAAAGACAUGGGGUGGCCAUUCCAGGCUGAUGGCCAGCAGGGGCCGCUGGGCUGGAUACUGGGAAACCUGUGGAAUGCUGGCCUCUUCUGCCUUUUUCUCAUCUUUGAGCUCCUCCGACAGAAUAUGCAGCACGAGGCCUUUGAUUCUAGCAGUGAUGAGGAGGAGGAGGAAGUCCGGGUUUUGCCUGUCACCACCAACAACUGGCUCACUGACUUCCCCUCUCGGGAAACCUUGGAAUCCUUUUAUAAACAUCAUGUCCAGAACUCCAUUCGUGACCUGCCCAGCACCUGUGAGUUUGUGGAGAGUUUUGUGGAUGACCUCAUUGAGGCCUGUCGUGUGCUCAGCCGCCGGGAGGCUCAACCACAGUUGGAGGACUGCCUGGGCAUUGGGGCUGCUUUUGAGAAGUGGGGAACCCUCCAUGAGACCCAGAAAUUUGAUAUCCUGGUACCCAUUGCCCCCCCUCAGGGAAUGAUGUUUGUGUUGGAGAUGAGAGAUCCAGCCCUUGGCCACCGCUACGGUUCUGUGCUGGUGGAAUCAGAAUGUGUAUGCAAGCGUGAGAAACUUCUGGGGGAUGUGCUGUGCCUGGUGCACCACCACAGGGACCAUUCGAUCCCCUUGGGCAAGUGUAGCAGCUCUAUCAAGGCAGCGCUCUGCACCGGCUCCCACCUGGACGUGUGUAAGAGCAUACAGUGGUUCCGGAACAUGGUGGGCAAUGCUUGGGCACUUGUGGCUCACAAGUAUGACUUUAAGCUCAGCCUCCCUCCAUCCUCCACCUCCUGCAAGCUCAGGCUGGACUACCGCUCAGGCCGCUUUCUCUCAAUCAGCUUGGUCUUGGGGGUGCAACGGGAAGACACCUUGGUCUACUUGGUGAGUCAGGCUCCUGAUCAGGAACAGCUCACCAGUGUAGACUGGCCUGAGUCCUUUGCAGCCUGUGAGCACUUGUUCCUGAAACUCGUAGGGCGGUUUGCUCCAGAGAACACGUGUCACCUUAAGUGCCUCCAGAUCAUUUUAAGUCUUCGGGAUGUGCAGAACCUACCCCAAGGAGCACCCCGCCCCAUCCUUACCUCUUACCAUUUCAAAACAGCUCUCAUGCACCUACUGUUGAGGCUGCCCCUAACAGACUGGCACCAUGACAUGCUCUCCCAGCGGCUCCAGGACGUCCUUUGGUUCUUGGGCCGCGGCCUCCAGCAGAGGUCCCUCCAUCAUUUCCUCAUUGGUAACACCUUCUUGCCCCUGACCAUCCCGGUUCCUAAGACAUUUCGGAAUGCCGAGCCUGUCAAUCUCUUCCAACACCUGGUGCUAAAUCCCAUGGCACACUCACAGGCAGUGGAAGAGUUCCACAACCUUCUAACCCAGGUGAAAACUCUGCCCUGUGCUCCAUUGGCUGGGGCACGUUAAUAUAAAGAUCAUUAAAAAAGGGAGAAGGUAUUUCUGGUUCCUCAGGCU